AUGUUCCAUGCUGUUGGCCUGGUGGUCAGGGCUCUGGACUGUGCUGCUGUGGCGUGUCAGGCUGGGCGUCUUAUCCCUGUGCUGCUGUGGCGUGUCAGGCUGGGCGUCUUAUCCCUGUGCUGCUGUGGCGUGUCAGGCUGGGCGUCUUAUCCCUGUGCUGCUGUGGCGUGUCAGGCGUCUUAUCCCUGUGCUGCUGUGGCGUGUCAGGCUGGGCGUCUUAUCCCUGUGCUGCUGUGGCGUGUCUGGCUCGGCGUCUUAUCCCUGUGCUGCUGUGGCGUGUCUGGCUCGGCGUCUUAUCCCUGUGCUGCUGUGGCGUGUCUGGCUCGGCGUCUUAUCCCUGUGCUGCUGUGGCGUGUCUGGCUGGGCGUCUUAUCCCUGUGCUGCUGUGGCGUGUCUGGCUGGCCCUUCCACCACACCGUCACUACAGCCCUUCCAUCACUACAGCCCUUCCACCACACCGUCACUACAGCCCUUCGACCACACCGUCACUACGGCCCUUCCACCACACCGUCACUACGGCCCUUCCACCACACCGUCACUACGGCCCUUCCACCACACCGUCACUACGGCCCUUCCAUCACAUCGUCACUACAGCCCUUCCGUCACUACGGCCCUUCCGUCACUACGGCCCUUCCACCACACCGUCACUACGGCCCUUCCACCACACCGUCACUACGGCCCUUCCACCACACCGUCACUACGGCCCUUCCACCACACCGUCACUACGGCCCUUCCAUCACAUCGUCACUACAGCCCUUCCGUCACUACGGCCCUUCCGUCACUACGGCCCUUCCACCACACCGUCACUACGGCCCUUCCACCACACCGUCACUACGGCCCUUCCACCACACCGUCACUACGGCCCUUCCACCACACCGUCACUACGGCCCUUCCGUCACUACGGCCCUUCCGUCACUACAGCCCUUCCGUCACACCGUCAUUACGGCCCUUCCACCACACCGUCACUACGGCCCUUCCACCACACCGUCACUACGGCCCUUCCACCACACCGUCACUACGGCCCUUCCACCACACCGUCACUACGGCCCUUCCACCACACCGUCACUACGGCCCUUCCACCACACCGUCACUACGGCCCUUCCGUCACUACGGCCCUUCCGUCACUACAGCCCUUCCGUCACUACAGCCCUUCCGUCACUACAGCCCUUCCGUCACUACAGCCCUUCCGUCACACCGUCACUACGGCCCUUCCACCACACCGUCACUACGGCCCUUCCACCACACCGUCACUACGGCCCUUCCACCACACCGUCACUACGGCCCUUCCACCACACCGUCACUACGGCCCUUCCACCACACCGUCACUACGGCCCUUCCACCACACCGUCACUACGGCCCUUCCACCACACCGUCACUACGGCCCUUCCACCACACCGUCACUACGGCCCUUCCACCACACCGUCACUACGGCCCUUCCACCACACCGUCACUACGGCCCUUCCACCACACUGUCACUACAGCCCUUCCACCACACCGUCCUUCCACCACACCGUCACUACAGCCCUUCCACCACACCGUCACUUCAGCCCUUCCAUCACACCGUCACUACAGCCCUUCCAUCACACCGUCACUACAGCCCUUCCAUCACACCGUCACUACAGCCCUUCCAUCACACCGUCACUACAGCCCUUCCACCACACCGUCACUACAGCCCUUCCACCACACCGUCACUACGGCCCUUCUACCACACCGUCACUACAGCCCUUCCACCACUACAGCCCUUCCACCACUACAGCAACUUCCAACACACCGUCACUACAGCCCUUCCAUCACUACAGCCCUUCCAUCACUACAGCCCUUCCAUCACUACAACCCUUCCAUCACUACAACCCUUCCACCACACCGUCACUACAGCCCUUCCACCACACCGUCACUACAGCCCUUCCACCACUACAGCCCUUCCACCACUACAGCAACUUCCAACACACCGACUGUUAUCCCCACACUGCCCCUGAGAAGGACUGUUAUCCCCCCACUGCCCCUGAGAAGGACUGUUAUCCCCCCACUGCCCCUGAGAAGGACUGUUAUCCCCCCACUGCCCCUGAGAAGGACUGUUAUCCCCCCACUGCCCCUGAGAAGGACUGUUAUCCCCCCACUGCCCCUGAGAAGGACUGUUAUCCCCCCACUGCCCCUGAGAAGGACUGUUAUCCCCCCACUGCCCCUGAGAAGGACUGUUAUCCCCCCACUGCCCCUGAGAAGGACUGUUAUCCCCCCACUGCCCCUGAGAAGGACUGUUAUCCCCCCACUGCCCCUGAGAAGGACUGUUAUCCCCCCACUGCCCCUGAGAAGGACUGUUAUCCCCCCACUGCCCCUGAGAAGGACUGUUAUCCCCCCACUGCCCCUGAGAAGGACUGUUAUCCCCCCACUGCCCCUGAGAAGGACUGUUAUCCCCCCACUGCCCACUAG